UUUCCUCAACUCAACUCCACUGGUAACAGUGUAAUAUUAUUUUUCUUUAAUAUUUUUCUUUCUGUUUCCAGAAAGUAACGCGCAUAGUGUAGCUUUACGUUGUUGGGUGCUGUUUCUAAUUGUAACUAGUUAGAAAUAGCAAGAUCGUCACUGAUUUGUCGGUGAUUAAUUGAUACGCUGAUUGUUUAAAAAAUACCGAAAUGCAUGUAAUACUACCGUUAAUACUGUAAAUCUGUUCCACCAGGCGGCAGCCGUUUUUUUGCGAUCGUCUCUGAAAGGAGGUAGUGAUUUAUUAUGUUGAAAAGUUAGCUAUGUUAAUACUGGAUGAAAGGCCAGCGUAAAUUUCGAUUUGGCAUUGUGAAGUAUGUCAGCGGUUUUCCCCUUCAUGCUACCAGUUGUGCGACGCCUUCUUGGAUGGAAGCGGGGAGAAGGUGAAGAAAAUUGGAGUGAAAAAGCUGUCAAAAGUUUAGUCAAAAAACUCCGGAGAACCGGUGGUUUAGAAGAACUAGAAAACUCAAUUACAACUCAGGAUCCUAACACCAGGUGCAUAACAAUUCCAAGGUCUUUAGACGGGAGAUUACAAGUAUCUACUAAGAAAGGACUUCCUCAUGUAAUUUAUUGUCGCCUUUGGAGGUGGCCUGAUUUACAAAGUCAUCACGAAUUAAGAGCAAUCGAUUCCUGUGAAUACGCGUUUAAUCUUAAAAGGGGAGAAGUUUGUGUAAACCCAUAUCACUACCUUCGUGUUGAAACACCAGUGUUGCCCACAAUUUUUGUUCCAAGGAACACAGGGGAAGUACCAACCUCACUUCCCCCACUGGACGAUUUUAUUAAUUCUGUACCAGAGAACACGGAAUUCUCAGCAGGGCUGGAAAAUCGAACUUUCCCUUUGACGGAGACACCCCCACCUGGCUACAUGAGUGAGGACGGGGAUAGUCAAGAACAAAAUGGCACGGAAAAUAUGGAUGCGUCCUUAAUUUCCUCUCCAAGUCCACCCUUGGAUGUACAACCUGUUACUUAUACAGAACCUGCAUUUUGGUGCUCUAUCUCAUACUAUGAGCUAAACACUCGAGUAGGUGAAACUUUUCAUGCCUCUCAACCAUCUUUAACAGUUGAUGGAUUCACAGAUCCUUCAAGUUCCGAACGGUUUUGCCUGGGUCUUUUAUCAAAUGUCAAUAGAAAUAGUGUUGUUGAACAAACUAGAAGACACAUUGGACGAGGUGUAAGACUAUAUUACAUAGGUGGUGAGGUAUUUGCAGAAUGCCUUAGUGACAGUAGUAUUUUUGUGCAAAGUCCUAACUGUAACCAAAGAUAUGGAUGGCAUCCAGCAACUGUGUGUAAAAUACCGCCAGGUUGUAACUUAAAAAUAUUUAAUAAUCAAGAAUUUGCUGCAUUAUUAGCUCAAUCUGUUAGCCAAGGCUUUGAAGCAGUUUAUCAGUUAACCAGAAUGUGCACAAUUCGAAUGAGCUUUGUUAAAGGAUGGGGUGCUGAAUAUCGGCGACAAACUGUCACAUCAACACCAUGUUGGAUAGAGCUACACUUAAAUGGCCCUUUACAAUGGUUAGAUAGAGUACUGACUCAAAUGGGCACACCUCGAAUACCUUGCAGCUCUAUGUCCUAAGUUGCAUCUUUAGUCUUAAAUCUGGUGCUGCUCUUUUACUCCCAGUGGGUAGCUAUAAACAUUGUAUGUUGUUGGGCUUUUUUGAGAUGAUGUAAUUUGAUAAGGUUUUAAGAAUGUUACUAUUGUUCAUUUCUCAUUUUUUUUCAUCAUUUGCUGUUUCUUAUACAUGUAUAUGAACUUGAUCAUACAGUCAUGUAGCUAUCAUUUAGAGCACCAUCUGAAAACAGAUACAUUUCUGUAAAAAUUUCAUUGUGGAAACAGGCAUGAUUAUGUAGUUUCGCUUCAUGGAUUUACUUCUGCUACAUUGUUGUUUUGUUUGUAAAAUGUGAAUGAAAAAAGAUAUAUAAAUGUUAUGUGAUGUAAAUGAUGACAAAUAAUUCUCAAUUUCAUAAUCAAUUUUCUAAGAUGUAUGUUUAACUAUUAUCUCUAUAUAUGUAGUAACUGUAGUGUACACAUUGUUUUUGCUAUCACAUAAAGCAAUUUGCAGUGAAAGCAGAUCUUUUAUUGAUGGCUGUUUCAACUCAAAAUGUUUGUGUACAUUAUUGUUGAUUUAAAAAAAAAAAAAAAACUAAAAUACCCUGUAUUUUUUGUAUAGAAUGAAUUUUUCUUCUGGAUCUAUUGGUACAAUAAAUUCAAAUCAGUCACAUAAUUUGUAAAACAAGAAUAAUUUAAAAAAGGAAACGUCAGUUUUUGAUAAUAAGUAAGUCAAAAUAGUCAUGUUUAUACCUUUUAAUUUGCAUGGUCUCCCUAAUUUCUACAUUUGAUUUCAAAAUUUUAAACAUAUUUAUCAUUACGUGUUUUUCUGCAUUUAAUUAAUCAUUCUAAUCAUUUAGUCAACAUGAUUAGUGAAAUGGGUAAAUAUUGGAGAACAUGCAAAUUUUCUAUAGAAUGCUAGUCACUAUUUUGUAAAUUAAUGUAAAAUCAUUAAUUUUGUUUAAUAUGAAUUUAAUGUUUGUAUAUUUUAAAUAAAACUGGUAAAUGGUUUUCAAGUCAUAAUUUUAAACUUUUUAACUGUGUUUUCUUCUUUUUUUAAAAAUUGGAACUUUGAAAUUUUGACUUAUUUAUGUGUCUCAUAUUUUAUUGCAAUGAAUUUAUUUCCACUGAUAACGUCCACUGUUUUGUGAACUCUCUGAUCAAGGGAAAACAGGCACUAAUUUUCAUAUAAAUUUUAAGAACCAAAUUAAAUGAUACAAUAUUGUUAAAAAUGUGUUGUUUCAUAUUAAUAGCAAGAUCAAAACAAUGUAGUUGUUCAUUCAACUUGACUAAAUCAGGGAUCAUGUUGUUGUUUUUAUUUUUUAGUGUGUGUGUUUUUAAUUUUUAGUUUAUAAAACUGUUUUUAGAAACUUAAAAGUACUUUUGGCAUCUUGUAGAAGAAUUAGUAUCUGCAAUUAAAAAAAGUAUUCAUACUGAAGGCUAAAUGGUCUUAAUUUUUUUCUCUUUCUUUAAAUACGAAUCAUAUAAAUUUAAAGCCAGAUUUAGAAGGACUCAGAAAUUUCCGACGGUAUUCAUACUGCUUGUUUUUAUAUAGUUUCUGAAAAUUGCUGCCUUUAAGUUCUCUUUCACUUUUCCUUGUUAAGAAACAAAAGUAUGCAUCACUUCAGAAUGUGAGCGUUUUGUAUUAAAAAGAUUAAAAUGAGAUAUCACUUUCUUCUAAUAAAAAAAGUAGAAAAAUACAUACGGAUAUGAUAUGAGCACUUGUAUAUUUAAAUAUCUUAUUAUAUUUUCCACAAAAUGCAUUUUCAUUUGUAAAGCUGUUCUAUAUGAUUAAAAAAUAUACUUAAAAAUUAAUUAUUUUUAAUUAUAAUUAACAGAUUCUAUGUAACUCAUGUAUUUAUAUACAGUCCAACCUCGAUGACACAGAUUUUUGAUAUUUCGAGAAGUCUGAAUUCCCUGUGCAUACACUAUAGAAAAAACCUCUUUUAUCUAGUUUUAUUUUUUGGUGAUCCUUGAUUUCCCAAAAUAUUUUUGAUCCCCCUCCCCCCGAAAAAAAUAAUUAUAUAUAGAUUCUUUAUUUCAGAAUAAUUUAAAAUCUUUUCUGGAAUUCCAAUUUUUUGAAAUUUUCAUGUAUUAUUAUAUAAAUCUUUUCUUGAAACUCUGAUGAAAAAGAUUUUGUCAUGUUUGACCAGAAGUUGUCAGAAUCAUUCAUUUCUAAAGUAGUAGGCAUGCAUGAUGUGUUCAUAGAUAUGAAUAUCCCUUCUUAAAAUGUGAAAGAACUUUCUAAUUUAAUGAAUUUAAAAGAAAUUGAUACUUAGAAGGAUGUAGUUUACUGUAGACAUGUUUUGCAGCGUGUGGUGAUUGAGAAAAAUCAGAAAUGUUAAAAGAAGUUAUAGCAUUGUGAGAUGUA